GCGGCGGCUACGGCGGAGGCUCCUCAGUGUCCGGCUCUGGCUCCGGCUGCGGCCCCAGCCCGCGAUGCCCCAUUCCGUGACCCUGCGCGGCCCUUCGCCCUGGGGCUUCCGCCUGGUGGGCGGCCGAGACUUCAGCGCGCCCCUCACCAUCUCUCGGGUCCAUGCUGGCAGCAAGGCUGCGCAGGCCGCCCUAUGCCCCGGAGACCUGAUCCAGGCCAUCAAUGGGGAGAGCACAGAGCUCAUGACGCAUCUGGAGGCUCAGAAUCGCAUCAAGGGCUGUCACGACCAUCUCACACUCUCUGUGAGCAGACCUGAGGUCAAGAGCUGGCCCAGUGCCCUGGAGGACAGCAAGGCGCAGGCACACAGGAUCCACAUCGACCCUGAUGUCCAGGAUGGUAGUCCAGCAACCAGCCGGCGGUCCUCAGCCACUGGGCUGGCAUCUGAAGAUUGCAGGCUAGGCCUGGGCUCUCCUUAUGGGCAGCCACCUCGUCUCCCAGUCCCUCACAAUGGCAGCAGCAGUGAAGCUACCCUGCUGGCCCAGAUGAACAGCCUGCACGUGUCUCCAAGCCACAGCGCUGACCCAACUAGGGGCCUCCCGCGGAGCCGAGACUGUGGAAUUGACCUGGGCUCAGAGGUGUACAGGAUGCUACGAGAGCCAACAGAGCCCACGGCUGCAGAGCCCAAGCAGUCAGGCUCCUUCCGCUACUUACAAGGCAUGCUAGAAGCCGGCGAGGGGGGAGAUCGACCUGGGCCUGGCGGCCCCCGAAACCUCAAGCCCACAGCGAACAAGCUGGGUGCUCCGCUAAGUGGGCUCCAGGGACUGCCUGAGUGCACCCGCUGUGGUCACGGUAUUGUCGGCACCAUCGUCAAGGCUCGGGACAAGCUCUACCACCCAGAGUGCUUCAUGUGCAGCGACUGUGGCCUGAACCUCAAGCAGCGAGGUUACUUCUUUCUGGACGAGCGGCUCUACUGUGAGAACCAUGCCAAGGCACGCGUGAAGCCGCCAGAGGGCUACGAUGUGGUGGCGGUGUACCCCAAUGCCAAGGUGGAACUCGUCUGAGCCACUCCUCUAAUGUCCAGUCUUUGCCUCUGCUUCUUUUAAUGCCCCUGUGUACCCCCAUGUAAAUAUGUGUUCACCCCCCCCCACGUCUCUAAUAAACGCCCUCUGGUGGACCCCCAA